CUGAGAGUUUUGUGACCCACUUUGUUUGGUAAUCUUGAUCCUAUAUCUUCAAGCUUUGUAUUGUUAGCUUCACUUGCUUGUUGUAUCUGUUAACAGGUGUAUGAUUUCUUGAAAAUUUCAUGAAACAAUGCUUCUUUGAAAUUGCUGAAUAAUCAGUUAGGCAUUUGGUGGCUUGCAUAGAAAUGGAGACUGGUCUAUUCAUUAGGAGAACAUGAUGGUGGUGUUAUUUUGUAUGUGAGUGCGCAUGAAAGUCAUGGGUAGGACAGGAAAUGCUAGUGUUUCUUCCUCAAAGCCGAAUGUAGUGAAUAUUGGAGCUCUAUAUAACUUCAAUUCUGUUAUUGAACGAUCAUCAAAGCCAGGAAUUGAAGCUGCGGUUGAUGAUGUCAAUUCCGAUUCAACUGUUCUUGGUGGGAUGAAAUUGAAUCUUAUUUUGCAUGACACGAAUUGCAGUGGCUUCCUUGGAACUGUGGAAG